UUGAUGUGGGUUUCGGGCCUGCUGUGUUUUCAACUGAGGGGGAGCCGAGAGGAAAAAAUGGCGUCUGCAGGCGACCCAGAGCGGGACACCGGCCAUUCAGUUUGAGCUUUCCGCCAAUACAUUAAAACCAGGGUGAGGUGGGGAGCUAUCGGGGUCCCUCACCUGGCAUUCUGGUUUUACAAAAACACGCUUUUGGCCGCCGUGUGGCCUUCCACGGCAGCGAGAUUGAAGCGGAACAGCAGCGGCUCUCUCCUACAAUGAGGAGCAGAAGAGGAAGGCCGCCCAAACCUGCGGCUGUGAUGCGGGAAGGUUCUCCCGGACCUGUCCGCGGCUCUCGCGGCGGCAGAAGCAGAGGGAUGCGCGGACGGGGUCGAGGCAGGGGUCGGGUACGUGGACGCGGAGUCAGUGAUGGCGGUUGCACCGCUGGUUUAACCGACGUGGACACUGAAAUAUCCGGUCAAGAGAACUUUCAAUCGCACCGCGGCCGCAAGAAACUUGGCUCCGCCGGCACCGACGUUUCACGGGGCAGGGGAGGCAGAGGUAGAGGCAGGGGGUCGAGAGGCGGCCGCGGGGCUAGAGGCGGAGUGAGGCGGCCUCAAACGAAGGUGGUUUACGACGACAACAGCGACGACGAGGAGGAGGACAAUAUAAGCUACAGAUCCGAAGAAGAUGAAAUGCUCAACGACAACCCUUCGUCGGAGCUGGAAGAAGAAGAGGAGGAGGCCCCGGAGCAUGAUUCUGAUUUUCUGGAUGAAUUACCAGAUGAGGAUGAUGUCAGCUACUGCACCGACAGUAGUUUCAGGAGCCACAGCACGCACGACAGCACCCCAGGUAAAAGAAAACAUCGCUCAGUGCGGCCACCUACUCCUAUUUUCGAGACAAAGGACAUUCCCCCCUUGGAGCUUCCAAAAUCCUCGGAGGACCUCCUGAUUCCUACCUCACAGCUCCUCAAUGUGUCUGCUAUCUAUGAGGUUCUCAGAAACUUUCGCUCUGUGCUGCGGCUCUCUCCUUUCCGUUUUGAGGAUUUCUGUGCCGCGCUGGCGAGUCAAGAACAAUGCCUGCUGCUGGCAGAGACCCACGUAACACUGCUCAAAGCCAUCCUCAGAGAGGAGGAUACUUCCAACACCACGUUCGGCCCAGCUGACGUCAAGGACUCAGUCAAUUCCACCUUGUAUUUCGUGGAUGGUAUGACGUGGCCCGAGGUGGUGCGGGCUUAUUGUGAGAGCGACCCAGAGUUCCGGCACAUUCUGUCUUUCCAGGAGGGCGAGGAUUAUCCUUUUGAACCACUGGACAGUAAAAUCAAAGUUCUCCAAUUUCUAGUGGACCAGUUCUUGGCUACCAACAUAGCCCGAGAAGAGUUGAUGUCAGAAGGAGUUGUUGCCUAUGAUGACCACUGUAGGGUGUGCCAUCGCCUCGGGGACCUGCUAUGUUGUGAGACUUGUUCAGCUGUUUACCAUCUAGAGUGUGUGAAGCCCCCACUGCAGGAAGUGCCCGAGGACGAGUGGCAGUGUGAGGUGUGUGUGGCGCACAAGGUGCCUGGUGUGUCAGACUGCAUCCCAGAGAUACAGAAAACCAAACCUUUCAUCCGACAACUGCCAGUGGGCUACGACCGUCACAAUCGUAAAUACUGGUUCCUGAACCGCCGAAUUGUUGUAGAGGAGGAUGGCGAGCAGGAGGAUAAAACCAUCUGGUACUACACCACCAAGGUCCAAUUGGCCGAGGUCAUAGAUUGCUUGGAUAAAGAAUUCUGGGAGGCUGACCUCUUUGCAGCUCUUGAAGAAAUUCGAGAUGAGGUGCACACACACAUGGACAUCACAGAGGACCUCACCAACAAGUCCCGGGGAAACAACAGGUGUUUCCUCACCGCUGCUAACGAGGAGAUCCUGGAGCGGCUGCGUGCUAAGAAGGAGGAGGAACUGGAGGAACUCAAAAAACGUGCUGCAGAGGAAGCUCUAAAAUCACGAUUGGAAAAAGAGAAAGAAUGGGGAGAUGUGGAAGUAACUGAGGUUGUGCUUAAAGAAGAACAAGGCGAUCUCCUUGUAAAAGACCUUACAGAAGACAUGAAGGAACAAAAGGAAGAGAAGACUGUGGAUUCAGAUGAGAAAGGCCUGCCAACUGGUCAAGAGUGCAGCCCAGCCACGUUGGGUUCUAACAUGUCCACAGAGGCAACGAACCCUCCAACUUGGACCAGUGGAAACUGUCUUCUUACAGAGGAUUCAAGCGGUGCUAAAGCGGAGAAUCCAGCACCGUCAGACUGCACUCCUGCCAGCGGCGAUGGCGUCCCCAGCCUGAGUCAGAGCGCGCAGUUGGGCGAGGAGAACAGCAACAGCAGUGUGGGAAUGGGGCUCCAUUCCAGACUUCCAGAGCCCCCAGACUUGGCUGACAAGUCAUCCCAGUCUUCCUUGGCCAGUUUUGAAGAUACAGCCGACUGCAAAGAUUCGAUCAAUGGAGAGGUGAUAGGCUGCAGGAAAUCUGCGGCCACUCGGAUGGUGACACGGCUGAGAAACCCUGACAGCAAGUUAAGUCUGAUGAAGAGCCAGCAGGUGGCGGCUGCUGUGCAUGAGGCCAACAAGGGCUUCAAAGAGGGGAAAGAGGUACUUGUUGUAAACGCACAAGGUGACAUCACGCGUGUCAGCACACGCAGUAAAGACGUGGUAAUGAAGGGGACUAUCAGUCAGUUCUUCAAGCUUGGCCAGGAGGGGAAAUAUCGUGUGUACCAUAACCAGUACAGUUCCAACACGCUGGCCCUCAACAAGCACCAGCACAGGGAGGACCACGACAAGAGGCGCCAUCUCUCCCACAAGUUCUGCAUGACCCCAGCUGGAGAGUUCAAGUGGAACGGGUCAAUAUAUGGCUCGCAGGUUUUGACCAUCUCUACGUUAAGGCUCACCAUCAUCCAGUUAGAAAACAAUGUCCCUGCACCAUUCAUGCACCCGAACUGGGCUUCGCACAGGGCCAACUGGAUCAAAGCAGUUCACAUGUGUAGCAAGGCUCAGGAGUUUGCACUGGCUCUGGCCAUCCUGGAGUGUGCCAUCAAGCCAGUGGCGAUGCUGCCAGUCUGGAAGGACUCCCUCGGUCAUACCAGAUUAAAUCGCAUGACGUCCAUGGAACGAGAGGAGAAGGAAAAGGUGAAGAAAAGGGAGAAGAAACUGGAAGAUGAGGAGACAAUGCAACAAGCCACCUGGGUCAAAUACACAUUCCCAAUUAAACAUCAGGUAUGGAAGCAGAAAGGGGAGGAGUAUCGUGUGACAGGUUAUGGUGGUUGGAGUUGGAUCAGUAAGACCUAUGUGCCACGAUUUCUCCCUCGGCUUCCUGGCAACACCAAUCCAAACUACCGCAAAGAACUGGAAGAUGCUAAACUUGGAAAGAAAUGCACCCUUCUGGACCUGAGUCGUCGGCCCUGUGUUACUGCAUCUGACACAUCUGACGUCACAGCUUCAAACAGUGAUGAAAUAGAUCCACAGGCCUUGACAGUUUCAAAACCUGUUGAAGAUGAUCCCAUGUCAACUGAGUGUUCGGACUCUAUGGAGUGCAUGGAAGGAAAGAAGCCGUCUCUGAAGUCUGAAGAAACAAGCAAGUCACCAGCAAAGAUGGAAGAGGAUUCUCAAUCAAAUGUGUCAUGCAUCCAGGAGGAUAAAGCUAGACUGGAGGAUGAUGCUUCACGGCCGUUUAACUAUGAUGUCGUGGACGUCAGCUGGGGCUUUGUCACCCGUAUUCCCUACAAGAAAAAGGUUAAGCCGUCCAAGCUGGACGGCCUUCUGGAACGCCGGCUAAAACAGCACGAUAUAGAGGAGCGGCAGAGUCAACAGGUUUCUUCCUACAAACCCUCUACGCCUGUUUCAACUGCGGGCGUACUAACUCCAGGAACUCCGGUCCGACCGCGGUCACCCCUGAAACCACAGGUGCUGGUCCAGUCAGAAACUGCUGUAAAAGUGGAGGGAAAACUUGAAACACCAAGACCUGAUGAAGACGUGAAAGCGGACCCAGAUAGUGAAGCUGCUGAGUCAGCAGAUUCAUCUUCUAUUCCUUCACCUCUUCAGGAUCCUGCUGCCGGAGACUGUAAAGAUCAUUCAGCUUCUGCGCAAAACCAUCCCAACUCUGUGGAGGAUCACUCACUAGCAAGGGCAGAUGUCUCGACAGAGUCUAGCUCAGGGGAUACAGAGACGGCUAAUCUGCCCAACGUUCAAGAGAAACAUGAAACUCGGCAUGAUACGAGGACAGUAGCUGAAACUGUAGAGUGUGUGAACUCUGAGUCAUUAAAGACACCUGCUCAUAUCACUGAUCGAAGAGGGUCAUCAAAGCAAAGCCCAGAAGCUGUAAGCACAGAUGGCUCUGACAAAAACGGUAUGGAACCGGGCAAGCAGCACGAACAAAUGGAACAUGAUGUAAAAGGUCAAUUUAAAGAUAUAAUAUCUCCUCAAGUCAAUGGAAAUGAUAGUUUAAUGGGUGUAUCUGUGACAAGCUCAAAUAAUGGUGUGCUCCCAGGCAGUCCCUGUGCCAUGGUCAACAACACUGAGAAACAAAAGGAAGACUGGUUAGUUGCCUCACAGAAACAUGGCACGCAGCAGAAGUCGCUGGUUAACGGAGACUGGGCUUCGGUGAAUGAUACGAAUCAGGCUAGCGAUGUGGUCAAAAGCACAUUGGCAGAUCAGGACUACAAGCCUCCUUUGAAGAUAGCAAGAUUGGACCACGACAUUGAUACACUCGGGUCUAGGAUUCGACGCAUCGACUCAGCUUUACCAUCUGAACCCAGUCCUGUGGUCAAGAUCAUCAGAAUGACUCCCUCCCCAAUCCCUUCUGCUGAGGACUCCAGUCUAAGUGAUGAUUUUGUGGAAGAAAAUAGCAACAGUGGAUCAGCCACACCUCUCAAAACACUCAUCACUGAGGUGACGACAACAACAACGUCCGCAACCACGACCAAAGUGGUUUCGACCCUGGUAGAGAAAGUGCAUAUCAAUGCAUCUCAAGUCAACACCACACCCAUGGUGUCCACGCAGAGCAGCGCGGUGUCUACCCUGACAACAAUGACAAAAACAACUGUGACCAAAAUUUGUUCCUCAAGUCCGUCAGGAGACAGUCAGAGUGAAAUACUGACUAAGGAAGAAGAGUCAACGCACUUAGAAAGUGUCAGUAGUUCAAUCACAAACAAUGGCAAGACCUCAGCGAGCCAGCAGACGUCUUCAACCCAGGGCCGUGUCCGCCUUGUCAAGUUCUCCUGCACCAAAAAAACUCGCUCCGAAAGUGCUCUGCCAACUUACCGCAAGUUCGUCACCAAGAGCAAUCUCAAGAGUAUUUUCGUCUUGCCGUAUGACAGCCUCAAGGUGUUGGCCCGGAGAGGAGGCUUCAGAGAGGUUCCUGUUUUCAAUUACAAUGCAAAACCUGCGCCAGAUAUCUGGCCGUAUCCUUCACCCAGACCUGCUUUCGGCCUCACGUGGAGGUAUCGACUUCAGACUGUGAAAUCCUUGGCUGGCGUGAGUCUGAUGUUGAGGCUCCUGUGGGCCUGUCUGAGAUGGGACGACAUGGCAGUCAAACCAUCAGCUGCUAUCGGCACCACUCGAACAGCACUAUCCUCCCCACUCAUUGCUACAGAGACAUCCGAGACAGAAAUCACCACGACUGAGAUCAUCAAACGCCGCGAUGUGGGACCCUACGGCAUUCGCUCAGAGUACUGCAUACGCAAAAUCAUCUGCCCUCUUGGAACCCCUGAGACCCCUAAAGAAACUCAUACGCCUCAAAGGAAAGGGUUGCGAUCCAGUGCUUUGCGCCCCAAGAAGCCUGAGCCUGCCAAGCAAACAGGGCCAGUUGUCAUUGAGUCCUGGGUACCCGAGGAGGAGCUGGACCUCUGGGAGAUCAGGGCCUUCUCUGAAAGGGUGGAGAAAGAGAAAGCUCAGGCUGUGGAACAAGCAAAGAAACGUCUGGAACAGAAACCCGGCACAGUCAGUGUCACACCAAUGGGAACUCCUCAAACGCCAGCCACUUCCACCAAAAUCGUCCUGGGUGCCGCGUCAGGCCAGGGAACGCCAUGCACUAAGGGGGUGAUGUCCGCAAAGAUGGUCACCCCUGUGACAUUCCAACAGAACAAGAACUUUCAGCAGUCAUUCGCCACCUGGGUGAAACAAGGUCAAAGCACGCAAGAGAGCACAGUGGGUACUACAGGUGGACACACCUUCCAGAUCACUGGGACGUCAGGGAGCGGGAAGGUGGUGACCACCAAGCUGCCACUGCCAUCCAACAGCAAGCUUGUCACUGUCAAUGUACCAACUUCGCAAGGAGGUGUUGUUCAGCAGAAAGUUUUGGGUAUCAUCCCUUCGAGUGGAGCAGGGACCACCCAAAACUAUGCCUCAUUACAGCCACGUACCGCCACACUUGGCAUCAGGCAAAAUACCCCUGGGUCACAGCAGGUUUUGGCUCCUGGAAGUCAGAUCCGCUCUGGAAUGGUUAUCCGCACCCCUGUCCAGCAGACAGGAUCCAUGGGAAAGACGAUACUUCGAACCCCCGUCAUGGUUCAACAGGGUCAAGCAGGGCAGCAAGUAGUGACACAGAUCAUCCGUGGAGCGAGUCCUGCAGGCCAGGGGGCAGCCAACUCUGUCGUAGGCCAGACAUCUGGCCGGAUACCAUGCGCACAAGGCCAGAAACAACAGACCGCAGUAGGUCAAGAUUCUCAGGCUGGAGUUGGUGGUGCCCAGCAGACUUUGACUGUAAUGGUCCAGGGACAGGGUCAGACGACGGGUCAACUUCAGGCCAUCCCUCAGGGAGUCACAGUCAUCCCAGGACCUGGCCAGCAGCUCAUGCAGGCCACGUUGCCCAACGGCCAAGUGCAGCGCUUCCUCUUCACUCCACUGCCCUCGGCAGCUGCUCCCACAUCAAGCACGGCCUCAACAGUUCCCGGUCAACCCAACACUUCCUCCAUUAAAACUCCCACCCAACCCGCUCAGCAGGCAGCUGCUCCAGUGCAGGCAGCCACCAGCACCAGUACUCCUUCCUCAGCGACCCCUCAGGGCCAGCUGCCCCCUCAGAUGCAGGCCCACAUGCCUGUUCAGUCACCGACCUCGCUGCAAGUGAAAACCUCUGGAGGGACCGUGCAGCUGCAGCAGGGCUCGCAGCUCAUCAAUAUGUCUGGACUGCAGCAGCAGGUGCAGGUUUUGGCUCAGCUGCAGGCUCAACAGAGUGGCACUUCUUUACCAUCACACAUCAAACUUCAGCUUCCCAUCCAGAUACAGCAGAGUGGAACAUCUCAGGCAGGACAGAUUGGAAACGUCGUGACCAUCCAGGCAGCUUCAGUCCAGGAGCAGCUCCAGAGGAUCCAUCAGCUCAGAGAGCAGCAGCAACAGAAGAAGAAGCUGGCCGCCGAAGCCAAACGAGAGCAGGCGCUCAAUUCGGCCAGCAAGAGUGACAUCAUUCAGAAACAGGUGGUGAUGAAGCAGAACGCUGUGAUUGAGCAUCUGAAGCAGAAGAAGACGUUAACGCCUGCUGAGAGAGAAGAAAACCAGAGGAUGAUCGUCUGCAACCAGGUCAUGAAGUACAUACUGGACCGGAUAGACAAAGAUGAAAGACAAGCGGCCAAGAAGAAGAAAAAGGAGGAAGUGGUGGAGGCCAAGAAGAGGAUGGCCAAUGCAAGCAAGCUUUCUGCUAUCCUGUUCAAACACAAGGAGAGCUUGAAGAUGGAAAUCUUGAAGAAGCGUGCGCUACUUGAUAAGGAGCUGCAGCUUGAAGCUCAGGAGGAGCUGAAGAGGGACUUGUUGCGGAUGCGGCGUGAGAAGGAGCGGGCUCAGGCCGCCGCGCAACAGGCAGCUCAGGCAGCUGCAGCGGCCGUAGCGGCUGCAGCCGCUCGGAACCAGCAACAGCACUCCCGCUUACACAACACCACUAGUCAGUAUCAUCCCACCACCGUCACCUCGGCGCACAAGCGGAAAUAUGAGGAGGAGGAGCAACUGUCGCCAAUCAAAUCCAAAAAGAAGAAGAUGAUCUCGACAACAAACACAAAGGAAGUCAAGAAGGACACCAAGCUCUACUGCAUCUGCAAGACACCCUACGACGAGACCAGGUUCUACAUCGGAUGUGACCUGUGCACCAACUGGUAUCACGGUGAAUGUGUGGGCAUCACCGAAAAGGAAGCCAAGAAAAUGGACGACUACAUCUGUGUGGAGUGUAAACGGGGCCAGAAGAGCAGCUCUGAGGAACUGUACUGCAUCUGUCAGACUCCGUACGACGAGUCACAGUUCUACAUUGGCUGUGACCGGUGCCAGAACUGGUACCACGGUCGGUGCGUGGGAAUCCUGCAGAGUGAAGCGAACCACAUAGACGAAUAUGUGUGUCCACAGUGUCAGUCCACGGAGGACGCCAUGACGGUCUUCACGCCACUCACUGAGAAGGACUUGGAAGGCCUGAAGAGAAUCUUGCGCUCCUUACAGGCCCAUAAGAUGGCGUGGCCAUUCCUGGAGCCGGUCGACACCAACGAUGCUCCAGAUUACUACAAGGUUAUCAAGGAACCAAUGGAUCUGUCCACCAUGGAGGAGAGGCUGCAGAAGCACGAGUACGUGAAACUGACAGAGUUUGUGGCAGACAUGACCAAGAUUUUUGACAACUGCCGCUACUACAACCCCAGUGACUCGCCCUUCUACCAAUGCGCCGAAGUUCUGGAAACCUUCUUUGUGCAGAAGCUGAAAGGCUUCAAAGCCAGCAGAUUGUGAUGUCAUCAGGCUGGUGGGGCUUUCCUUCAAAAGCGAACCCAUUUUCUUACACGGCUCUUUCUCAUCAAGGAGCGGCAAAUCAAUUGAAAUGUAUACAGAAGGUGUACAGUUUAUUUAACGGCACUAUUUGUGUGAUCUUUGUUUAUUUUAGAAACAAAGAAUAGAACACUCUACUGUCAACACCGCGGGCAGCCAUGUUGGUCUCUCAAGCAGUCGAGGGAAAAUGUAUUUUCUUACACUUGUUGAACAGAUGACUGAUAUUUUGUUUAUGUAUGAGCUGAAUAUAAGACAGAAUAUGAAGUUGAGCAGUUUGUUGAUCUCUUUUUUGAGAUUUUUAAUAGGAAAAACAUUCGAGUCGUUGAUCAUGAUUGUGAAAGCGCAAUUCCACAGACACAGGUGAGUUUAAUUCGACAAGAUCUGCUGCUUAUGAUAUUAGUCAUAAGCGGCGAUGGCGGAACUUUUUUACCUCAUUUCUAAGCUCAGAUUGAACGGACUCCACCCAUCCGUCUUGUUUCAUGCGCUUAAAAUAGCUUGUGAAGGAUCAUGGCGACGCUCUCAAGGAAACACUGGUAGCAGUUGUAAAGAUAGAUUUGAGUGAAUCUAGUUUUGAUCCAAGCAGUCCACUUUUGAAAGCCCCUGUACAUAAUAACUCUGUCGGACUACAUCUCACCGACAUGGUCCUGUCAAGGUGUCUGACUCUCUGGCAUCCAAUACUUGUUCCUUUUUAGUCUUUUGUAUUUCCUCUAGUGCAUAUUUUUGUCAUAUUGUAAAGCUUUUAAUAAAAAAAGAACCAUGAAA